AUGUUCCAUAAGAACUACAACAUGAUCGUUUUUGGAUGUGCUGCAGGUGUACUCGGUGCAACCACCGGUGGCUUUUUCAAAGCUGGUCCAGUGCUUUCAAAGCAGUACAGCCAUUUUGUGACCGGUAACAUCUCACUAGGAAUCACAAUCACGAUGCUUAUCGUGCCUUUCAUUGUCAACUCGCUCACACAUCAUUCAACGCAAGAAGAAUGGAAAUGGGUUUUUCUCAUCGUCGCUGCCGUAAUGGUAAGUGCC